AUGGAAUAUAAACAGUCACCAUCCAAAAAGAAAUCAUUGAUUCAUGACGAAAAAUUUAUAAGAGAGUUUGAUUACGAUUCAAUAGCAGGAGUUUCUAAUCGAGCUCCCAAAAAACCACUACUUUUAGAAAUUUCACAAAAGGGUUCAUCAUUUCGGAAGUCUUCCCAAAAAGUACUAGUUUCCAUAAAACCUCGAGCGCCAGCUAUCAAAACAAUUUAUAUUGCGGAAAAAAGGUUUCAUCACAAAAAGCACUCUGAAAAAUCUGGUUCUAGAUUAGCAAUAGGAGAUCAUUCGUCAUUUGCAUACGACUAUACUGAAGAGGAUUCUAGUGUAGCAAAAAUCAUUCCAUGUAUUCCAAAUUCAUGCAAAACAUUUAAGAUCAAAGUUGAUAAACAAUCUCCACCAAGCAGUACAAUUGAAGGAACUUCGACAGCUGUAUCAAAAUGUGCGACAUCUAGCUCAUCUCGAGAUGUUACAGUCUAUCGACGAAGACGUAGAAAUUCUGAAAAAUGCUACAUGUACACUCAUCCCCAUAUGACAAUUAAUGUUCCUAAACUUGAAACAGUAACCGAAAAUUCUAAAAAUAUCCGAUAUAAAACGAACAUUGGCGCUUUAGUAGUCACAAAUAGUUCAUCUGACGAUACAAUAUCAGGUAAAAAUAUAGAAAGCAUACACAAAAGAAUAGAUUGGCUUGAACAGAGAAUAUUAAGACAAGAGAUGGUGCUUAGAACGCUCGAUCCUUAUAUCCAGUUAUCUUCCACUGAAGAUGAAACAGAAAAUGAAAAAGAAAAGCCGUUUCCUCAAGCCGACCCGGGUUGCAGCUAUGUCGAAUACAGUCACAUUCCAGAAACUUCUGCAUUUCAACGUUAUGCUCAACCACCAGCCCCUCUUUCCCCCAGUAAAGCUACAACAAUACAGAAAGAACAUAAUUCAGAACAAUACGGACGGGAUUUCACUCUUUAUGAUGGUAUAACUGCUCGGGGAAGAAGACAAUGUGCUUCAGUUCCAUGCAAACGUGAUGACAUCCCCAAACUAGCCGCAGAAAGAGUGCAUAAAAUUCGUCAUAAAUUAAAUCCUGUACGUGACUAUAGACUGAUGGACACCGUUCACUAUCUCGCCCAAGGAGAGUUUGCACCUCGUGAUGACGGUAUCAAACUAACACCUUCACGUGAAGCUGUAUUAAGCGAUAUCAUUUGGGAGGACGUGUGUCGAACACACUGGCCAAAUACUAGACUCGGUCGCCGGAUAACACAUCCAGAAAGAUAUGGCCCCCGGUCCGAACUGCAAAGACUGAUUGACAGCCUUUUAAGAGAAAGAGUUGCUCAUGUAGAACGUAGGCGACGCCGGCACUACCGAAUAGUUAAAUUAAAUAAUCGCCAUGAACAUUGCCGGGCCGUUGGCAAAACAGGUGAUAUUAUUGUUGCAAGCAAUAAGAAUAGACCUGAAGGUGCGGAAAAUGGUGGUAGUGAUACGGAGAAGACUGAGCACCACGAGGAUAAGGCUUGCCGAAAAGAAUCAAGUAAAAGCCACUCAAUAUAUCCUGAAAGCCGACGCCGAGUGUAUACACAUGAAGAAUGCACUCCGGGGCCUAGCCGGGUAAAUCGUUCUGGUAACAAACAAUCCACCUGUUGCUAUCGAACUUCUAGCCCUACUAAUAAGAAUAAAGGCCCAGAGAACCAAGAAACUAGCGGGAGUAGUGUAAUUACUUCAAAAUGUAGACCAAAACAGCCUAAGCUUGUGAUAAAGAAGAGUACUGGGCGUUCUAAAUUUCAACCCCAAGAACCAAAUCUUGAACAUUACAUACUAUUACCGACACUAGUUAUCCGUACACCGUCGAAUGUGAAAAGGCAGAAGAAAUUUAACGAAUUGUAUCACAAGAUUUUGAACAAAACUAACAUUAACAACGAAACUGAAUUAAACUACAACGAUGAAAAUCCCGAAUUAAACUCCGAUCCUAAUAAGAAGAAUAUUGGCUUAAAUAUAAACAUAACACUAUCGGAAAGCGAAGAAAAGUUGCACAAGUAG